AUGUCCUCUUCGCACAUCAUGCUCAACGCUGACCGUCGGUCGCCUAAUCUUGAUGCCUGGAUCCUGGGAAGCGGGAUCUCCUCGCUCGCCUCCGCGGUGAAAUUGCUCCAAGAGGCGCAUGUGCCGCCAGAGCGCAUCCAUAUUCUUGAGUCACAAGGUCUAGUGGGUGGUGGAACGGUCAGUGCUGGUGAUCCAGUGAAUGGCUAUCAUUACCUUGCGGGAGGCAUGCCGUUAUUUAACAGUGUCGGCAUAGAGGAUCUACUUUCCAGGAUCCCUUCAACACCGCGUUCUAGUAAGACGGUACUAGACGACAUGAAGGAAGAUAAUGAAAAGAAUGUCCCCAAAGAAGUGCCUCGUACGAGGUUCCUCAUCCGGAGGCCGUCUGGAUUGCGACUCAUCGACGCGAAUCGAGCUAGACUAGGUCUACGAGAUCGCAUCAGCGUGUACAUGCUGGCCUCUAAGUCUGAAAGGUCACUAGGGCGAUCACGCAUUUGCGACCACUUUCGCGACAGAUUCUUUAAGACCACUUAUUGGCUUACGAUGGCUUCGACAUUCGGCUUCCAGUCAUGGCACAGCGCUGCCGAAUUCCGCCGUCAUAUACACCGCUUUAUGCAUAAUGUUGACCACUUAAACUAUUCUCGCCCUCUCGAAAACGGACGGCAUAACCUUCAUGAGGCCAUCAUCGCCCCGAUUACCGAUUUCCUGCGAUUUAAAGGUGUCGACUUUCGCUUCCACACUACUAUCACCGAUAUUAUUACUGAACCUGCGGACGAACAUAACCGUAUAACUGCUAUCCGUGUGAAGGAAAAUAAGACAGACACUACGAUUACUCUUAGUCCUGACGACAUCAUCAUCGUCUCAUUAGGGUCUGUCAUGUCCGGUGCAACAACAGGCACAAACUCGACGGCCCCCUCCAUCGAACCCAUGGAAAUUGAGAAAGACCUGGAUGGGAACUGGCUCCUAUGGCUAGAACUCUCGAGCAAACACCAAAAAUUUGGCAACCCUUAUAACUUCUGCACACGGAUGCACGAAUCCCGUCUCGAAUCGUUCACCGUUACACUCAAAACACCUGAAUUCUUCGACCGACUUGUCGAGGUAAUAGGAUAUACGGCUGGAAGUGCUACCUUUGUUACCCUGAAAGACAGCAAUUGGCAACUAAACUUGACCAUCCCGCAACAGCCGUUCUUUCCUGGCCAACCGUCCGACGUGCAAGUGUUCUGGGGCUAUGCAUUGUUCCCAGAACGUAAGGGCGACUUUGUCGAUAAACAGAUGAUCAAUUGCUCUGGCGAAGAAAUUGCGACAGAACUCUUCCAACACCUGCAGUUUCCCAGUGUAGGGAAGAUACUCCAAAAGAUUAUUACCAUUCCCUGCAUCGCCCCACGCAUGACAGCUGCCCUACUACCCCGGGCAUAUGGAGAUCGACCAAGAGUGAUUCCCGAUGGAACGGAGAAUUUAGCUCUAGUCGGACAAUUUGUAGAUGUCGAGGGCGAAGCCGUUUUCACAAUGGACUAUAGCGUGCGAAGCGCACAGAUGGCGGUUAAUCAUUUGAUGGGAUUGGGUCAGGACACAACGAAGUCGGGAGGUUCCGGGUAUUAG